UGGAGAGAAUGAUCGUGCAGAGUGUGAUGGAGGGGGGAGGGAAGAGAGUAAACCUUCAAAAUGGAAAAACCUUUCUCUCACACAUACCUUUUACUCCUUCUUUUAGGCGCCUGCCCAAGCCCUCGCUUUUUUUUUAAAAAAAUGAGCAUGGGCUGGACCGUUGAGGUCUUUUUCCUUGCACGAGACAGAGACAGAGACAGAGACAGGGACAGGGACAGGGACAGGGACAGGGACAGGGACAGGGACAGGGACAGGGACAGGGACAGAGAGACAGAAAAAGAAAAUAAAGAGAUCGGUGUGAUGUGGUGUUGGAGGAUGUGUGCAGAGAUGCCUGAAAAUUGAUCCAUUUCCACUCGUGAAGGAGGCUAUAACUUUAUUGGUCUCAUUCUCAUUAGUCAGUCUAUUCGCACUACAUCGACAGAAAGUAGACAGUAGAAAGUAAACUUUUGGUGAUAGACCGAUACACCACACAAUACACAUACACUUUCUCUUUCCCUCGAG